AUGGAGCUACAAUUGCCUGACUUGGUGAUAUUGCGAAUCUUCUCUUUCCUGGAUGUACUGAACUUGCUGCAGGCUGCUCAAGUGAACAGGCAGUGGAAUAGGCUUUCAGAGAACAACUACCUCUGGAGAAUGUUGUGUCUGAAGAGAUGGACCUUCUGCGCCUUCUCUGAUGAGCAGCUGGGCACAAGGACCUGGAAACAGUUCUUCUACAGACAAGUGAGGCAGGAGCCCCUUAUGGCACUGGCAAAACCAGGGGACUUCACCUACAAAGAAGUAGCCGGGAACAUUGGGAUUAUAAAGUCUAUUGCUUAUCUCUCAGGAAGCGGACUCUCAGUGGAUGGACUAGAACGGUCAGUUAUCUGUGGUAUAUCUUCAAAGCACAAGUUUUAUGCCUGGGAUGUGCAAAAGGGCACGAUGAUCUGGGAAAGUCCAGUCCAGUCAUCCUAUAUCAAACUUAUGACAACCCUCCCUCAGAAGCAUCUCGCAUUCACUGUGGAUAUGGAGGGCACAAUCAAAGUGUGGAAUUGUUCAGAUGGGGAUGCUCUAGCUGCCUACACCAUGUCUCAGCGCUGUUACUCCAUGGAAGCUUUUCUCACAAAGGGUGGUCCAUUCCUGAUGGUGGGUGAUCGUGAAGGUGGGAUCUACACAUUUACAGUGCCUGAUUUAACAUGUAUUUCUAGUGUUAAUAAACUUAGAUAUCCUGUUGAACUUCUGGUCUGCUCUCCUAACCAGAAAUGGAUCUUUGCAUGUGGAUAUGAUGAACAUGUCUUUCCAAUGGUAUUUCUCACAGAGUGCUUACUGAAACCAUCAAAAGACGACGUCCCUCUGUCUCUCUGUAUCUCCUCUCCAUGGUGCUGGAGAGCCUGCUGGGCUCUAAAGAAGACAAACAGGAUAGCAAUGAUCUUCAGAAGAGACUCUAGCAGAAGGAUACGAUUUACCACUUUUGACUUUACAACUGAGUGUUUGGUUGGCCAAACAGUCAUCCAAGCACACGAGAUUGCAAGUUUCAUAUUACCAAUUCAUAUGGAUGCUCCUAAUCAUUUUGGAAUCAAUGAUGGAAAUAUGAUUGUCUUUGAAAAUGGGCCAAAGUUAUUCAUCUUCACCAUCAAUGGUCUCCUGCUACAAGAAAUUAGAGCCCACCAGUUGAACAUCUGUCACUUAUGGGUGGAUCCUGUCCACAUUCUCACAACAUCCAUGGAUAAUUCUCUUCAUGUAUUCAUGUGGGAGAAGGAAGGCCGCUAUCCAUACCUCAGGAACUGCUGUCAGCUGGAACAAGUGCCAGGUGAUCAGAAACCAAGCUGCUUUCCCCCCAAGGCAAUAUGUGACAACAUGAGCAUUGUUUGUGUGGUGACAAAAUGUCGUAAUUCCAGCAUUCUGGUGAUGUAUUCUUUGUAG